CCUCAGUGAGAGUGUGCAGGUGUGGUCUAACUGCAAAACCGGAACUAUCCAGAGCGCAGUGGCCAGUCUCUGCGCACUCACCGACGGGCAAAGACGCGCAACAAGAGUAGAGGAGAACAGGAGGACUUUUAUAACUUUCCUUGCGCUUUCUUUGGUUGAGACUGGUCAUUGAAUUGGUGCUGCACUCUUCUACAGAGAUGAGUUUGUCCGGAUCUCAGACCAGACUCCACCAGAUCGGCCGCAGAUCCAACUCCCGACCCGAUCUGACCACCGUGGGCUACAGUUUACCCAGGAAUGACGCUGCGCCGUACAUGAUGAGUGGAAAUGGAUACCAGUCUGAGUUCAAUGAUGGCUAUACGCAGACCAUUGCACAAACAUUCUCCAGAAACUCACAAGGAGGAGGAGGAGGAGGUGGACAGAGCAUGUCGUCCAUGUCUGUUCAAAAAAGAGCUCAGAUGCUUCACAACGACUGUAUGGGCUGUCUGAAUCGAGCACAGAACAUCCUAGAGAAUAUGGGACCAGCAGCUGAAGUGGACAAAAACAUGAAUUCGGCAGCGGCUCAGAUUGAGCAGAUGAAUAAGUAUGCCGUGGACUUACGCAAUGCCGGUCAUCCCAAUGACAUGGUGCUCCGAAGUUUGGAGGAAUGCCACGCCUUUCACUCAGAAAUUCGAAACUCCAUCACGGGCACCACUAUCAGGAGGGCCACUUAUGGAGGUAAUCGGAUCAUUGGGUCAGAGGUUAUCGCAUGGGAUGACCCUAGCAAGAGCUAUCAGGAGGCAAUCGCAUGGAUCAACCAGAAAAAGAGACUCAUUGAGACCGCACCCUUCGGUGAAGACGCAGAGACCAUCAGCCAACAGAUCCUCAAUCACAACAAGUUCCACAGUUCAGUCCAGAGAAGCCAGGAAGUGGACAGAGCACGGGAUGAGCUGCUGCAGAGCAGAGAAAAGGCUGGACUCCACUCUCUGGACCAAGAAUGGGACACUUUACAGAAAAUGUCCCAUGUGCGUACAGCUCAGCUGCGAGACUUGCAGAGCAUCAUCGAGGAGAUCUCCAGAGCCAUCAUGUGGGUCAACGACAGAGAGGAAGAGGAGCUGGUGUUCGACUGGGGAGAUAAAAACAUCGACACCUACAUCCCACAAAAACAAGAGAGCUACUCGAAACUGAUGAGUGAUCUGGAAGAGAAAGAGAAAGAGCUGAAUAAACUGAAGGCAAAGGUGGACAACCUCCUGAGGACCCAACACCCAGCAUCUGAUAAGAUACAGGCUUAUAUGGACACACUGCAAACCCAGUGGAGCUGGUUACUGCAGAUCACCAAGUGCAUCCACGUUCACCUGAAGGAGAAUGCUGCUUACAGCCAAUUCUUCAAGGAGGCCAAUGAGACGUACAGCAGACUGCAGAAAGACCACGAGAGCAUCCGUAAGAAGUUCACCUGUGACAAGAACACACCUCUGGAGAAUCUGACAGAAAUGCUCAAAAACCUGGAGAAAGAGAAAGACAGGAUCAUGGAGAGUAAGAGGCAGGUUCAGACGCUGGUCAGCAAGUCCAAGAGCAUCGUGUGUCUGAAGCCUCGUAACCCAGAGGAGAAGAGCAGUGGCCCGGUCAUCGUCAAAGCCCUGUGUGACUUCAAACAGGACCAGAAGGGCAUUCUGAAAGGGAAUGAAGGAAUCCUGAAAGACAACUCUCAGCGCAGUAAGUGGCACGUGACUGGACCUGGAGGACUGGAAAUGCUCAUCCCAUCAGUAUGUCUGUUCAUCCCACCACCAAACCCUCUGAGCAUCGGUCUGGCACACAAGAACGAGCAGUACUAUGAAGCCAUCAUGUCCAUCUGGAGUCAGCUGUACAUCAACAUCAAGAGUCUGAUCUCCUGGCAGUACUGCAUGAAGGACAUCCAAUACAUCAACUCCCUCACACUCUCAAUGCUCUCACAAAUGCGUCCUGAAGAGUAUCGCAACAUUAUUAAGAACCUGGAGCUCCACUACCAGGAGUUCAUGCGGAACUGUCUCGGCUCUGAGAUGUUUAGCGAUGAAGUAAAGAGAAAGAUGGAGAUGCAGUACGCAGGAGCUCAGUCCCAUUAUGACCGGCUGGUGAUCCAGCUGCCCAACUAUAGGGAGAGUGCGAACAUAAGAACAGAAGUGAGGAGGGAGGAGACAGAUGGGAAGCUGGUGGUGACCAAUGGGAAGCUGGUGAGCUCAGGGCUGAAUGUGAGCUCAGGGCUGAAUGUGAGUUUCAUGUCAGAUCUGAGUGCUCUCAGACGCAGGGUGGAGGCGGCGGAGACGGGCUUGAUCCAGCACCUCCACGUGCCUCUGAAGGAGAACGGCGUACAGGAGUGCUCCCAAAGACUCGUGCUGCUGCAGGGUGUGCAUCGUGAUCUGGACUCCAUCCGGGACGAGUACCUGCGUCUGAGGGAGAAGAUUUUGAGAGAGCUGGAAGGAAGCACUAAUGCAGAACAGACCCGCUACCUGCGCUCUGAGCUGGACCACAUCAACCAGAAACUGGGCAGCCUGCAAGGCAUCUCCACUGCAUAUAUCCAGAGGCUCUCUGCUCUUCAGGCUCUGCUCCAGCACCUCCUGCAGGCUGAGGACAUCGUUAAAGUCCAUGAGGCUCGUCUGACAGAAAAAGAGACGACUUCUCUUGAUCUGAACGAAGUGGAAAAGUACCACAUGACUCUCAAGACCAUGAAAGCAGAGCUGGAGCAGAAGAAAGGUGUUUUGAAGGCUAUGGAGACUGAGCUGUCCAAGGCUGUGCACUGGAACAGUCAAAUAGACAAAUCUUUCCACCAGUGUGAUGUUGACCUGUCCAGAUACUCCGAGCUCGUUGGACAGAUGACUGACCGCUGGCGCCGAAUUGUGACUCAGAUUGAUAGCAGGGUAUGGGACCUGGAGAAACAGGAGAAACAGCUGAAUCACUACAAGCAAACCAACUCCAUGAUAAACAGAUGGAUUCAGGAAACACGUCAGCGCCAAGAUGCCCUCCAGAUUACUAAAUUCAACAGUCUGGACAGUUUGAUGGACCAACUGAACCAGCAAAAAGCGCUGUAUUCUGAGAUAAAAGGAAAGAAAGAAAAAGUGGAUGAUGUGGUCAAAGAUGCAGACACGUGUGCUGCCUCCAUAAAGGACUAUGAGCUCCAGCUGGCAUCCUACAGUGCAGGACUGGAGACGCUGCUCAACAUUCCCAUCAAGAGGACUAUGCUGCAGUCUCCUUCCACUGAACUGAGGCAGGAGGCGGCAGAGUUGCAGUCACACUACAUAGAGCUCUUGACACGUUCAAGCGACUACUACAAAUUCCUCGGGGAAAUGAUGAAAAACAUGGAGGAGUUAAAGAUGCGGAACACUAAAAUUGACCUUUUGGAGGAAGAACUAAAACGUCUCAAGGACAACCUCAAAGAUCAAACUCAUAAAAACACGUCAAUGGAGGAUAGUCUGGCUCGCUAUCGGCUGGAGCUGACCCAAUCUAAAGAAGAGCUUCUGUCUAUGGAGGAGAUCAAGAGAACCCAGGCUAGACAAUGCAGUACUACUCAGGAAAGCCUGGACAGCACCCAGAAUCAGCUGAAGAACUUGCAAGAUGAGGUGUCCCGCCUCACCUUUCUCAUCGAGGAAGAGAAACGCAAACGCAGGCUGGCUGAGGACCGAUACACCACCCAGCAGGAGGAGUAUGAGCUCGCUGUCCGCAAGAGACAGAAAGAACUCGAGGAGCUCAGUUUGUCCAAAAGUCAGUUUGAAAGGGCCAUCAAAGAAAAAGAGCGGGAGAUUGAACGGCUGCAAUUACAGCUGCAGGAUGAGGCCUCCCGGCGCAAUGCAGCAGAAUUAGAGACCUCAAAGGUAAGAACACAGUUAAACCAGGACAUUAAUAGCCUAAAGCAUACUUUUGAAUCUGAGAUCCACAUCACCAAGACCAGUGUGCUCAAGGCAACACAGCAGAAGGAGGAGGAAUCGACAACUCUAAGGUUUCAGCUGGAUAGGUUAAACUCUGAGAAAAGAGACCUGGAAAAGGAACUUAGAAAGCUGCAGCUUUCGUUCUCCCAAGCGGAAGCGGCACGAAGGAAAGCAGAAGAGGACGCUCAUCAGCAGAGGUCAACCGAGGGGAGCAGGUUCAAGAAGGAACUGGAGUCACAGAUUCAGGUCAUAUUACGUCAAAAGGAAGAGACUGAAACGAGACACAGAGUGGAACUGACAGAGGCCAACAGAGCUGCUCAGGAAAAGGCCCGUGAGAUUACCUUGUUGACCCAGAAUCUACAAGACGAGACCAGGCGGAGGAAAGCCUUGGAGGUUGAGAAUCAAAGUCUCAGACAGUCUCAGGCUGAACUACUCUCUAAGCACACUUCAACCAGUGAGACCAUUAACAAGUUAAAGAUCUCUGAGCAAGAGCUUCUCGUUAUAAAGAGAGAGAUGGCGACACAAAAGAACGAAAAGAGCACAUUGGAACAGAAUGCCAUCAGGCUGCAGAGUCGCAUCAGUGAACUGCAGGCAAAGGUGAACGAGUUGCAGGCUGAACUGGAAAAGGAGAAGAGGAGUAAUCAGGAUGAACUCACAAAGAGGAAAAGGAUAGAAACCGAGCUGGAGAGGGUGAAUCAGACGUGCCGUGAAUACACCACUACCAUCAACACUCUGCGGGUCCAUCGAGAGCAGGAAAGUGCUUCUGGACGAAGGCAUGAGCAGGAGCUUCGCAGUUUGAAAGAUGAGUUGGAGAGAAGCCAGAAGGACUACAAAAUCACAGUAGAGAAUCUGAACAGAGUGAAUGCCGAAUUGAAGGCUUUGCAACAGCAGCUUCUGCGGGAACAAGCCCUUGUCCGUGAGGCCAAUCAACGCAACGAUUCCCUCUACAAGACUAUAGAAGAGAAGAGUCGAUUGCUAAAUGAGAGCACCAGUGAGAUCGAGAAGUUGCAGAGCCUCACCCAGAAUCUCACCAAAGAGCAUCUGCGGCUAGAGGAGGAACUGAGGACUGUGCGACUAGAGCGAGAUGACGUGAAGAGAAGCCUGAGCACCAUCGAGAGUGAAAGUGCUUCCCGAUUGGCUGCCAUUCAAUUCCAGUUACAAACCAGCAAUAACAGAGCACUGGAACUGCAGGAACUAAUCAAUGAUCUGACUAAAGAGAGAGAAAAUUUAAGGGUGGAAAUUGCCCAAAUCCAAAAGCAGUUCACGGAGGCAUCCAUGAUGAUCCAGCGAUCUGAUGCCAACUACAAAGAUAUUGUGCAAGAGAGAGACAGUGUUCUAGUCAAACUGAAGCUGUUGCAACAAGACAAAGACAAGCAACAGCGCUCUGAAGAAGAGCUCCGGCGCAUCAAGCUUUCCUUGGAAUCUGAGAUCAAACAGAAGCAACGUCUCCAGGACGAAAUUGAUAAAAUUACCAAGGAUUUCAAGUACUGGAAAAGCCAAUAUGAGUUAAAGGAGGGGCAGAUCAGACAGAGUGAGGCAGAUAGAGACAAAGUACAGAGAGACAGGACCUCUUUGCAGAGUGAGAUCCAAAGAUUGACUGCAGAGCUGAGGAGUCUGGAAGAACGCUUCAAGAAUCGUCUUCAGAGCUCGAACAAGGAGAUCUCAGAGCUCACUAUGAAGAAGGAGUCUUUGGAAAGGGAAUUGAGGAUGUUGCAACAGCGUCCAGUUUCAUCUUGUCGGUGUACACAAACCAGUCAGUCUGUCUCUGAUAGUAGCUGUAAGAAACUGACAGUGAAAGGUCUCCGUGGUGAGGUCUCACUCACAGAGCUUGUAGACUCCAACUUGCUUGAUCAGACAGAUUUGGAUAAAGUAAACCGAGGACAACUAACAGGCAAAGAAAUUGAGGACAGACUCAGAUCGUACCUAGGCGGCUCUGAUUGCAUCGCUGGUAUCUUCGAUGAGGCCAAUGGUAGGGUCCUGCCCUUUUACCAGGCCAUGAAAGAAGGUCUACUUCGGCGGGGAACCACCCUGGAGCUCCUGGAAGCUCAGGCUUCCUCUGGUUUCAUAAUCGAUCCAGUCAACAAUGUCUGCAUGACAGUGGAAGAAGCAUGGAGGAGAGCCCUUGUGGGAAAGGAGUUUAAAGACAAACUACUGUCUGCUGAGAAGGCUGUGACAGGAUACAAAGAUCCUGCAACAGGAAAGAUCAUCUCACUCUUUCAAGCUAUUGAAAAAGAGAUCAUAGAGAAGGGUCAUGGGAUUAGACUGCUGGAAGCUCAGAUAGCCAGUGGUGGCAUCAUUGAUCCUAAAGGGAGUCAUCGAAUUGAUGUGGAAGUGGCUUACAGGAAAGGUUACUUCGACCGUGAAAUGAACGAUAUUUUGACUUACGAGGGUGAUGAUACCAAAGGUUUCUUUGAUCCUAACACCCAUGAAAACCUCACAUAUCUGCAGUUGAAAAAGAGGUGCAUCAAAGAUCCCAAGACUGGGCUUAUCCUUUUGCCUUUGAAGGACAAGAAGACGCCAAAGCAAACAAUGUCUCAAAAGAACACACUGCGCAAGAGGAGAGUGGUGAUUGUAGACCCUGACACCGGCAAAGAGAUGACUGUACGAGAAGCGUACCAUCGAGAGUUAAUUGAUUAUGACACGUUCCUAGAGCUUUCGGAACAAGAGUGUGAGUGGGAGGAGAUCACUAUCGAAACAUCUGAUGGCAGCAAGCGUUUACUUAUUGUCGAUCUCAAAACUGGAACCCAGUAUGACAUUCAAGAGUCCCUAGAUAGGGGUGUUAUUGAUAGGCAAACCCUGGACAAGUACCGUGCCGGGACUCUGACAAUCCACGAGUUUGCAGGUCUGAUCACAAGUAAAAGCAGUAAUUCUGAGCUUUCCAUCUGCACCAGCAGUCCUGAGGAUGUUGCUUCUUGCAGUAACCCAACACAGAUGGCGCCAUCAUCUCCAACUGUCCGCAAACGUUUUUCUAGCGUAUCCAUUACGCUCUCCCCUCCAUCUGAUAUUUUUGAUGACCAGAGCCCCGUGGGAGCCAUUUUUGAUACUGAGACCCUUGAGAAGAUAACCAUCCCUGCGGCGCAGCGGCGUGGAAUAGUGGACAACAUCACUGCUCAGCGUCUCUUGGAAGCCCAGGUUUGCACAGGAGGGGUUGUCAAUCCUGCGACUGGCCAGAGACUCUCUCUGAAAGAUGCUGUACAGCAAAGCCUUAUCGAUGAAGACAUGUCCAUGAAGCUAAAACCAGCACAGAAGGCUUAUGCCGGUUUUGAGGAUGUGAAGACCAAGAGGAAACUUUCUGCUGCCGAGGCCAUAAAGGAGAAAUGGUUGCCUUACGAGGCAGGGCAGAGGUUUCUGGAGUUCCAGUACCUGACGGGUGGACUUGUAGAGCCAGAAACUGGUCGCCGGGUGAGCAUUGAGGAGGCCAUCCGAAGAGGAUGGCUUGAUGGCAAAGGGGCACAGAAGCUGCAGGAUACGAGGAACUACAUUAAGAACCUUACCUGUCCUAAAACCAAACUUAAAAUCUCAUACAAAGAGGCCAUGGAUAACUGCAUGGUGGAGGAGAACAAUGGGAUGAAGAUGCUCCAGGCUACUUCGAUGUCUACCAAAGGCAUAAGCAGCCCCUACAACGUGCUCUCGGGACCAAACUCUCGUACAGGAUCCAGAGCAGGGUCUCGUACCGGCUCAAGAAGUGGAUCACGCAGAGGCAGUGUUGACUACACCUCUUCGGUGUCUUACAGCUACAGCUCAUCUUAAUAAUACAGUUAAUUGUAAUUACUAUGCUUAGUAUGUACAAUUUACAUUUAAAAAUUAUUUUCUAUUCAUGAGGAUAUAAGUAUGGGUUUGGGAUACAGAAUGGAGAUGAACUUAUUUUACUAACGCUGAUCAAUUGUCUUGGGUGAUUAAGAUGUCUUUUAGAUUAUUAAUGUCUUGGAUAAUUGAUUAUUUACACAUGGGGAAUCUUAGAUUUAUCAUGACAUUUAACAGUGUUUUAAUUCGUGCUUAUUUGGUUUAUCCGGUAUAGGAAAUUGUUUUAUAAUAUUUUCCUUUGCAUGCUUUAUUGACAUUUUACAUUGCAUUUAUUCAUUUAGCAGACACUUCUGUCCAGAACAACUUACAAAUAAGAAAUGUAACAAGCAAUUAAUCACCAGCAUUAUCCAUAGUUUAGAAAGCUAGAUUAGGAAACAAGUACUUUUUUAUUUGAAACAUCUACUGACUUAGUAUCAACAUGAAUCUACUAAUUUCAAAGUGAAAAUCUGAUAUUUUUUUGUCAGAUUUGCUUUUAAUGAAUGAAUAUUUGAUCUGAUUGUUUAUAUGGAGCAAUUUCAACAAUAAAAA